AUGUCUUUAGCACGUUUGGCCCCACAGCCGCACCUCUCCGUGCUCGACAUGCAAGGGGUCCUGCCACGUCCGGGACUCCAUGUACCUGCGACCCCACCAUGCAGCAGCUUGAUUUGCAGUGCUGUCGCCUUGGAGCCAGAUGGAUCGUUGCCUCUGGUCUCCGCUUGUCUUUUAGGCUAUCGAUGGAUGAAGCGCCCUGGUCGCCGAAGCCUGCAGCGGAUCGCAACGCUGCAAGUUGCGACUGUUGCAACUCCGCCUCGGAUUGAUCCGCAGAUCGCCGCAACUUUUUCGCAGACCUUCUUUUUUUUGCCCUUCACAGCAAUGCAACCGAUCAUUCCUUUGUUGGUUGCACAGAAAUUUCAGCUGUCAGCUGAACUCUGGGGAGCAGUCUGUGCAGCAGAAGGUCUGGCAAAGAUCCUUUGUGCGAUGCCAGUUGCUGCACUUCUGAGCUCCUGGGGGAGAAAGCCUGUGUUGGUGCUUUCAUUCAUUUGUUUUGGCUUCUCAAUGACUGCUUUGGCUCACAAUGGUACCAUCCUAGGCUUGCUAGGUGCCAAGCUGUUGGUUGGAGCAGCAGUCUUAGCGCAGAAUUCCGGCAUGCAGCUCUUUCUCACUGACAUCUCAAGCUCAGAAAACAAGAGCCGAGUGAUGGCGCCUGUACUGAUGGCUGAAAAGCUCUCCUCGAUGAUUGGGCCGCUGAUUGGAGGAAAGCUGAUUCAAGUUUUUGGUGCCACGGCGGCCAUGACACAACUGGCAAUAAUUACGUUCUUCUUGGGUUUCGUGAAUCAAGGGAUGCUGAAGGAGACAAAGCCAAGGCAAGAAAAUCAAGAAAAUCUCUCACCGAAUGACUCACCAAAGUCAGCCAAGAAACCAAGCGAAGGGAAGUUGAAACAACUUCUCCAAGAUGUUCGCGUCAAAGAAGCGGUGAUUUUUUCAGCCUUCUACUGGGGCAUCAUGGCCAGUACACUGUACUGCUUGGUCCCGCUGAUGCUGACCCAAGUCUUUGGCUUGGGUGCCUUGGCCUUCUCAGUUGUCCUGGCGGCCACGAACCUGCUGUGCUUCUUGUGCGCAAAGCCUGCUGCAGAAUGGUCAGAUCGAUGGGGUCGGAAGGCCGUUUUGGUGCCUGGAAUGGUUUUGGUUGGAAUCGCCACAGUGCUUCUCCCGGGGGUACCAAAGGUGGCCACAAGUCAAAGCUCUGAAAUACUGCUGCUGACACUUUUGCUCGGUGCGUUGGCCGUAGGCCAAGGCUUGGUGGGUCCUGCUUUGCCAACGAUUUUUACUGAUGGAUUGGCACCAAGUUUGCAAGUGAAGUCUUUGUCAUUGCUGAGAAUCUCCACGGAGGUUGGGGCAGUGACCUUGUCACUCGCUAUGUGUUACUUGGUUGGAUCUUCAGGAUUUGGCCUCCCAUUGGUGGCUGCAGGCGUUGCGGCGCUUUUUGCUGCUGCGAGGUUCUCGAUCAAAUAUCAGGCUUGAACAGCCGCUUUGCUUGUACAGAAAUAAGAACGGCCGAACUCCAGAGGAAUAGCCGAAUUCUAGAGCGGCAAAUUCUUGCCGAUAUCCUCUUGCAAUUGCAUCAAUUGCACUGAUGUAAUUCACUCUCAGCAUUUCUGUACACUUUGAAAUUUGUACACUUUUUGCUGGCCAAUACGCAAUUUUUGAGCACCUGAAUGGGUGAUCAACCAAGCUCAUGCUUGCAAAGGGCUUCGCACAGUCUUGCGUGCAAGGUGUGAUGAGCCAUUGCGCGCUGCCCAACUAGUGACUAGAAACAUACCUAUAGAAAUCUGAAGCAAGCUGCUGAAAA